UAGUGUUUCGAUUGCAUUACUCACCGAAAGAGGUGAGCCGCCGCUGGCUAAUGAAUGGAUUGAGCACCGUUGGCAUGGUGUCGCGUCUCUAUGUCGGAAGCUCGCAUCGUAUAGCGUCGUGAUCCGAUGCUGGAGACUCUGGUUGGUGCUGCGUGGCGCAUCGCGAACACGUCGCCAUGUGUGUUGGUGUAGUGGAGAGGACGCUCGGUGAUGGUCGGGACCGGGGCCGGAAUCAAAACAAGUUUCGCGACGACGCAAAGCUCCGCGAGUGAAAGUACACAACCCUCUGCGGCUGUCGCGCCACCUCAGACAUCGUUAGAGCGUUCUGGUGUUAGGAAUGGAUCAAUGUGUGACCAGCGUGUAGACACCAGAGCAGCAACAGAGUGAUUCUUCACGUUCCGGGGUCGACAUGCGCCAGCAGAGGAGUGGUCGCGUGUUCUGCAGCUAAGAUAAUCGUGUUGUUCCGUGAGUGAUCCACAGUGAGUGGAGUUUGUUUGGAGUUUUGGAGAUCGGUUUUACUCAGCGGCACAACACACAACACAAACAGCAAUCGCCAUGAGCGGUAUUCAGAAUGAUUCGUUCAUCAUGACGGAGAUCGAGGAUGGUGAUGGACCCAAGCUUACCAAACGCAAAUCGAACGGCCUAUCGUCGACCAUCGUGGAGGAUGUACCAUCACUGACCAGUCGGAAUGGUGGUGGUGGUGGCGGCGAUGAUGAAGGUGGUUAUGAGGAUGGACGCGAUGGAACGAACCGGACACGGGAAGGUGCGACACUGUAUGACCGACUCACGGAAACCCUCGAGCACCAUCGGCAACACAUCAAGCUCGGUGUCUACAUCCUGCUCAACGUUGUGGUGAUUGUGUUUUUCGGUUUUGCCACCAAUUACUAUCUGGAGUAUGAGGAGACCACGUGCGGUAUGCAGUGGUGCGAUGGAUACGGCAUGUUGGUGCUACUCGUGGGCUUCGUGUACCUUGGGCUGCUGUACUACCACGUGAUGAAACCGUUGCUGUCGAGCCACUUCAAAUCGUGGAUCGUUCAGCCAGUAUCGAAAUUUCUCGGACGCAUCACACAACUGUGGUACAUCCGGUUAGGAGCCGUCUGUCUAGUGCUGGCCGGAUUCGCCGUUUUCUGCUACUUCGAAACACGCGACCAAACCGAACGGCUCAUCUCACUGUCCGGCAUGGCCAUCCUGCUCCUCAUCGCCUUCCUGCUCUCGAAGCAUCCAACUCGCAUCAACUUCCGCCCGGUGGUGCUCGGUGUCGUGUUUCAGUUCCUCCUCGGUCUAUUCUGCAUCCGCUGGGAAGUUGGCCGUAGUAUCUUUUCCUGUGUCGGCGAUAAGGUGGCCACGUUUCUCAACUAUACCGGAGCCGGGGCGGCGUUCGUUUACGGCCAGGUGUUGGUCGGUAGCGGCGAGAACGAGUACGCCAUCUUUGCGUUCUCCGUCCUGACGGUGAUCUACUUCUUCAGCUUCUGCAUCUCGAUCCUGUACUACCUUGGAGCGAUGCAGUGGGUUGUGCUGAAGCUCGGCUGGAUACUACAGUCCAUCCUUGGGACGACCGUGUGCGAGAGUGUGAUUGCGGCGGCCAACAUUUUCCUCGGUAUGAGCGAGUCACCGUUGCUGGUGCGACCGUACCUGAAAGAUCUCACCCACUCCGAGCUACACUCGAUCAUGACGUCAGGAUUUGCCACCGUUUCGGGUACGGUGCUGGCCGCUUACAUCUCGUUCGGAGCCAAUCCAGCGCAUCUGAUUACGGCCAGCGUGAUGGCAGCACCGGGAGCCCUCUGUUUCGCCAAAAUGAUUUACCCCGAGACGCAAGAGAGCAAAACGCGAUCCGAUAACAUUCAGAUGGAGGAAUCCCCCGAUUCGUCGGUCCUCGAUGCGGCCAGUAAUGGUGCGAAUGCGGCCACACCGCUCGUCCUUGGGAUUAUCGCCAAUCUCGUCGCGUUCGUGGCGUUCAUUGCGUUCCUGAACGGUGUGCUGGGGUGGUUGGGUGUGCGGGUUGGCUGGGAGGACGUUUCGCUGGAGAAUAUCUUCGGGGCCGUCUUCCGGCCGCUCGCCUUCGUCAUGGGUGUGCCGUGGGAUGAUAGCUACUAUGUCGGUAAAGUGAUCGGCAUCAAGAUGAUCGUGAACGAGUUCGUCGCUUUCGAGCGGUUGGGAGAGUUUAUCAAGGAGCAGGUUAUCUCGCCACGAUCGGCCGCCAUCGCAACGUAUUCCGUGUGUGGCUUUGCCAAUCCCAGCUCGAUGGGCAUCAUGAUUGGGACGCUCAGUGCGAUGGCUCCCGAUAAGCGUAACGUCAUCACGUCGGUCGCGUUCCGUGCGUUCCUUACCGGUUCGAUCGUGUGCUUCAUGACGGCCAGCAUCGGUGGGCUGCUGAUGGACGAAACGAUAUUCAAUAACUUUGGAAAGUCGCUCGCGCUGGAGCCAUCGUUGUUGAAUGGCACGCUGGGUGGAAUCUAGUUAAAGGGGGGGUUGGAUGUUUGGAGUGGGGUGGGGAGAGGAACAAGUAUGGUCAAUGUUUAUCAGUAUUUUGGACGUGUAUGUUUGUAAUGUCGACUAAUAAAGUACCCUGAUAGUUCCUGUUUUAAGUGCUGCGAGGUUUUCAUGUUGUUGUUUAGUUACCUUAGGACUAAUGUUGCCUUUUUAACUUAACAAACAUGAUUUAUUGGAUUAUUAA